CACCGCCCUCAGUCCCCCAGGCGCUGGCUGACUAGGGUGGCUGGGACCGUUAGCUCGCCAGGCUGGCAGGAUCCCGGCCCUACUCCGCUGGCUGCCGGCAUGGAGACGAUGAGAGCACAACGACUGCAGCCUGGAGUGGUCACGAGCGGAAGGGGCACUCUUCGAGCGCUGCGACCGGGGGUGACUGGGGCUGCGGCAACCGCCGCCACACCCCCAGCUGGCCCCCCGCCGGCCCCACCGCCCCCUGCACCGCCCCCGCCCCCGCUUCUCCUGUCUGGGGCCCCAGGGAUGCCUCUGCCACCCGGUGCCGCAGGCAGCCCGGCUGUGCUGCGGGAAGCGGUGGAGGCUGUGGUGAGGAGCUUUGCCAAGCACACGCAGGGCUAUGGCCGAGUGAAUGUGGUAGAGGCACUUCAGGAAUUCUGGCAGAUGAAACAGUCCCGUGGGGCUGACUUGAAGAAUGGGGCUCUAGUGGUUUAUGAGAUGGUUCCCUCCAACAGCCCUCCCUAUGUCUGCUAUGUCACCCUACCUGGGGGAAGUUGUUUUGGGAGUUUCCAGUUUUGUCCCACAAAAGCAGAGGCCAGGAGGAGUGCUGCAAAGAUUGCAUUAAUGAACUCUGUGUUUAAUGAACAUCCUUCCCGAAGAAUCACUGAUGAGUUCAUUGAGAAGAGUGUCUCUGAGGCCCUGGCAUCUUUCAAUGGCAACAGGGAGGAAGCUGAUAACCCAAAUACAGGGAUUGGUGCCUUCCGAUUUAUGUUGGAAUCCAACAAGGGCAAGUCAAUGUUGGAGUUCCAGGAGCUAAUGACAGUUUUUCAACUGUUGCACUGGAAUGGCAGCCUUAAGGCCAUGAGGGAAAGACAGUGUUCUCGGCAGGAGGUGUUGGCUCAUUAUUCCCACCGAGCCCUGGAUGAUGAUAUUCGCCACCAAAUGGCCUUGGACUGGGUGAGCCGGGAGCAGAGUGUACCAGGGGCACUGUCUAGAGAGCUGGCCUCCACUGAACGGGAAUUGGAUGAAGCCCGGCUGGCAGGCAAGGAGCUGCGCUUCCACAAGGAGAAGAAAGAUAUUCUCAUGCUGGCUGCUGGGCAGUUGGGCAAUAUGCAUUCUUCCAACUGCUAGGCAUCUACCUUCAUAGUCCCCAUCCUUUCCAGGACCUUUUUUGUAUGUCUCCUUUCUAAGACUUAGGAUGAUUUCUGUAUAUACUUUCUCAAUUUUAUACUUUAAAAUAUAUAUAUGUAUAAAUUUUACACCUGGAUUCCCAUUUGCUAAGAAAUCCCUUUUCUAAUUUCCAGGUUUUGGGACAUCUCCAUUUUGAAAUGUCUCCAUUACACUUUACAAGAAAGCAGACUAUCUUUGGAGCUUUGUUGGCUCUUAAACUUCCAGAUUAACUCUGUGUAGUCAUUUCAAUAACACAAUAUGAAUAAGCCUUCAUGUCUCCCUUUAAAAUAACAGGUAGGCGGAAUAAGGACUAUGUACCCCACCCUCACCCUCGUUUUUGCUUUUUCUUGGUCUCAAACAGGGUAUGAGUAAGAAGCCUUUGACUUUGGUUUAUCUAAAGCUGGACCUGGUUGGUACCUCCCCCCAACUCCAUUACCUUAUUCCUUUCUUUGUCUCUAAAUGCUCCUUUGUUUCGAGGGUCCCCUGCACUAUUAUUCAGAAAGGAGUGGAAAUCUGGUUUCUUAUUUUUAAAUCAUUCCUGAGAAACUGCCCAGUAAUAUGAGAAAAAUUAUAAACACAAUUUAUGGGGUUACUUCCUAAGUUGCUUCUGAGUCUUUUCUAUAUGUUUCUGGAAGUCCAGAUUUCUAGAUAUAAUCUAAGUAAGAAGGGGGUAAGUGUUGAGGCUGGUUAUCAUUCAGCAUUCCCUUAUCACUUCUCCCCUGCUUAAACCUUUCUACCUGCAAAGAUUGGUAGAAAGUAAACUUCUAUCCCUACCACCACCACCAUUAUUUUGCUCUUUAAAAGCAAUAUCUGUUCCAUUUGGUGAGUAAGGGCCAGGUUUCUCUCCCUACCACCAAACUGGUACUGUUUACUGCCUUAGCUGUAUGUACCUUAGAUUCUUAUUUAUUUUCUUUUUCUUUUCCUCUAUAUUGAUUAGGAUGAGUUGAUUAGGGAAAUAAGAUAAGCUUUUGGCAUUUUGGCAUUUCCUAAUUGGAAACUUGGGAGUCUGAAAGAGGGGAAAGAGAAUCAAUGAUCAGCUAUUCGUGUUUUUAAUAUGGUUCUUCUCCCCAAGUCUUUGUUGGGUGAAGUAAGACAUGAUCCACCGUACAGCUAGAGCAUUCUCCUUUUGGAGAAUUAUAUGUGCUAAGAUAGAUUUCCCCCUUGCUUCUGUGAUCUCCUUUAUAUAUUAUUGUUCAGUGCACCUUCCAAACUGAGUUUGGGAAGUUUAAUACUUCUGCAUUUGGACUUUUUAUUUAUGCCAAAUUUGCUUUUAGCAGUAGAUUAGGAAACAGACCAGUUUGCUCUUUGGAUUAGAAAACAAGAUGAAAGGCAGCUUUCUUGCCUUUGGAAUCAUCUUGGUGACUAGUACAUAUGGGAUCAGAGGUAAAGAAUCCAGCUACAAUUUUAUUAGUGCUUGAAAAGGGCUUCCUGGAUUCUCCAAGCCCUAUCUUUGUAUUUCAUGAAACACAUGUAAGAUUGGAGUAGAGCUCCUACAUUUAAAAUAGGUGCAUCUGUUUUUAUUGAUAUUUAUAAACCCCCCAAAUCAUAAACCCUCCAGUUUCUCCUGCGUUCCUUUCUCUGGGAAGAAGUGUUAAAGGGUGUGAGUUGUGGGAAGAAUUGUCCUUGUAUCUCCUAGAUUUAUUAUUUUUUUCAAAUACCCAAAAUCCCAAAGAAUUUGAGAAUAUUUGUUCCCUUAUCUGUCCAUUUUGGUGUCAAAGAUUUUAGUUAUCUUCUUAAUGCUUUCUAUGUAUUUUAUAUGUAUAAUUUUAUACAAUUAAAAUAGAUUUUUGUCUAGUGAG